GAAUAUGUUGUCUAUGAUGAAACAGCUCGUUGUAGUAGUUUAACACAGCUGAACUUUGAGUGAACAAAAUGGAAAUAGCCGCCCAUUCUCUUUCCCAUGCCAAGCUUCCAAAGCCUCCAACUUUACAUUCUAAAGCUUCUUUUCUUGCUUCUAGUUCACUUCCAUUUCAGUCCUCUUCUAAGAGCUUUUUCGCACAGUUGCAAGGCGUUAGCAUCAAAGUAAGGCAGCAGAGGAAUCCUAGAGCUAUACAUGCUUCUCAAGCUCAAGGCCCUCCAACACAUGUUGCAGAAAGAUGGCUUCUUGAACCUGUUGGUGAUGGAGAUACAAGGCACAUAGGCUUCAAGGUCAAAAUGCCAGAUGCGUAUGAAAUUGUUUCUAACGAGGUGACUGUUGGCCGAGUUCCUGAGAAAGCUGAUUUGGUGAUUCCAGUUGCAACAGUAUCUGGUCUGCAUGCCCGCAUUCAGAAGAAAGAAGGGAAUCUCUUGGUCACAGAUUUGGAUAGCACCAAUGGGACAUUCAUUGAUGACAAGCGGCUGAGACCUGGAGUUAUUGCUACUGUGCCACCCGGAAGUUGUGUUACAUUUGGGGAUACUCAUUUGGCAAUGUUUCGCGUUUCCAAGCUUGAAAAUGUGGAAGCUGCAAGCAAAGCAGAAGAAUCUGAAGAUAAAGUAGAGUCUGAUAACCCACCUGAGGCUACUGAAACAAGUUGAAAUUGAGCAUAUGAUUGUAAAAUAUAUAUAGUUAGUGAAUAAAUAAAUUCUAUUUUCUGCUUUUGAAAUUUUUUGCAACACUUAAACGUAUUUGGUUGGAAUAUUGAAAGAAAGGAAAUGGAUGAGUUGAAUUGAUGAAUGAAAUGGUUGAAUCCUUCCACAA